UUUGUUGCCCAGCGCCAUACUUUUGCACCGAUGGACCGUGUACGGAGUCGGAUCGCGGGCGCGCUGCCCGGCGUCGUCGUCAGCGCUGUAGCCGCCACUGCGCUCCUUAGCCUCGGCGGCAAUGCGUUCCUGACACUUCUCGCCACCUUGCGCCUUACCAACGUCCAAGCGUACGCGCUCGAUGUGGCCCAGGUCGUCGAAUGGAUCGCAGUCUCGAUUGGGCUCGUGCUUCUCGUGCUUGGCAGCUGGGCUAUCUCUAUCGUGCUUCUCUUCUCACUGCCGCAGCGUCUGCCGUCUUCGUCGCCAGCGUACUGGACUGCGGCCGCCGCACGCGCGCUGCGUAUGGAAACAGUGCUGCUCGUGCUUGUCUUGGCGGUAACGAGCUACCUCUGGCACCUCAUCUUCGUCUGCUACGUCUCGCCGUCGCACAUUGAGCAUCUCGGCGCUCUCUCGCUUGUGCAGGGCUUCGGCUUGUCCUAUGUACUCGCAUUCUCGAGCGUGCACCCGCUCGCCUUCCGGGCCAUGACCGACCCGAUUGGUGCGCUCGAAGCCUCGUACGGCGCGACGCUCAGCGUUGGCCUCCAGUACGCUUUCGGCGCCACGCUGGUCGCGGGCCUCAUGUCGUGGAGCCUCUCGUGGCACGCGCUUGUCUCGAGCAGCGUUCUCUUUGCCGUGCUGCUUCUCGUCCACUGGACUUUUGCGCACUUGUUUGCGCGGCCGGGCGCCGCGUCGCCGCCGACGCCGCUCACGCACGCGUGGCUGAGUGCGUACCCGCUCCCCGCGUCGCCCCUCGCUGACAGCAAGGAGCCGUACCGCAUUGCGCUGCAGAAGGUCCAGCUUGAUUUUCUCUCCGCGCGGGCGACCGCGAUGAAGUCCAAGGCGAUGGCGCCGUCCUACCGCGCACUCGCCAUCUGGGAAGCAUCCUUUGCCGCGGGCGACCUCGUCGCGGCGGCCACAAAAGCGCCUGCGACGCUCUUUGCGUCCGAGGCCACGUGGUCGCGCACGUUUCAGUUUGCGACGGCAACCCUCGACCUCCUCACGCAGCAGCUGCAGGCCGUUGCGACGUGGAAGUCCAUGCUGCCGGCGGCUCUCGGUUCGGUACCGAUGCAAGCUACGUCAUGGGCGUCGCUUCUGCGCACGCUCGUCUCAGGCGAGGUCACGCCGCUGUCGCUCUUGUCGUCGGCGCCGUCCGCGUCCGCGGCGUGGCAGCGUCUGGCGACCGACAUGGUGCUCUCGCUCGUCUUCCUCUCGGUCACGGAGGUGCUCCACGUCGUCGAAGCCAUGGGGCUUGUCGUAGCGGCGUCGUACGCCAAGGACAAGCAGGGGUACGUGCAGCUGUCGGUGCCAGCGAUGCUCUCGAGCCUUCUCGCGCUGCGCAUGGCCCUCGACGCACACACCCGCGCCAAGCAACCGGCGGUCGACCAGCUCACGCUAGCGCUUGAUGCGACGCUCCAGCGCAUCGCGACCACGUAUGCCAAGCAGCAAGCCGACAUUCUCCAGUUCCUCCCGGCGGCCACCGUCCAAGAACUCGCUAAGCGUGGGCUGUUGACGGCAUAAGAAGAGUGUGAUGCAUCAUGUUCUGAGGCGAGCGCGUCACGUUGGCGUACGCGGGCGUAGAGCAAUGUACCAUACAGGGCUUGUGGGGAAAUCGUCGCCGUGUUUUCUGACCACAAGACUCGCGUAAUGCCGCAAGUCGAAUCACCCAAGGACCCUGUGUAGCGCAGCGCAACCGCGUGGAUACGAG